AUGUCAUAAGAACAUAUUAAUAUUUUAAUAGAAGUUAAUGAUACAAUAUUAAUACAAUAAUUCAACUAUUAAAGCUAACCUUAGAAUUUUUUUGAACUUACAACGCCAAUUUAAAUAUUGAGCAGUGCUUUAUUAAAAGAAACUCUGUUUGUUAUAAUCAUUGAUGGAAAUCUGACUGCAUAUUUUUUCAAUCAUGGCAAAUUAGCCUAUUUACUAUAUCUAAUUAUACAUUUAAAUAUAUAUAUACUAAUUUAAUAAAUUAUCCAAACUUCUUAGUUAUUGAUAAUCAAGUUAAUUUAAUUAUCUUAUCGUAUAAUGGAAUAUUAAUCUUAUGAAAUUUUAAAUAACAUUCAUAUCCAAUUGUUAAUUACAAUUAAAUCUAGAUAGGUGUGUUACAAAAUGGAAUUUAUAUGGCGAUUGUUGAAUAAAAUAACAACUAAUUAUAUUUUUAUCCAAUAUAAAAAUUUUUAUUUCCAACUCAUUAUAAAUUUAUUAUUAAGUAGAUUGAUUAGGAUACUAAUUUUAUACAGGAUAAAUUAUCAGUUCAUAUAUAGUUGCAGAGAUUUGCUUAAGAAUUGA